ACCCGUUAAGAUCUUACAAACUAGCUAGCUCUUAGAUUUGGCUACAAAUUUUUAUUUGAUUGAAUAUAAUGAAGCGAAGCUUAGCUGAGGGAGAUGAUGAUGAGGGGUGUGAAAGUUCAGCCCCCGCCGCAUCUAAACGUCGGAAUCACUUUGCAACGUUGAUCAAUAAUGAACUUGCUCUCAAGUUGGAACCAAACCUUCGAGCCUGGGUGCGGGAAGCGGUAGAGAAGGCGUUCCACUCAUCCUUCAGAUGUCCUGUUAAUCAAAUUGGGGCGCCAUCUCAGUCAAGGGCUUACCAGCUACACUUUGAUGGUGAAUUGGGGUCCACCAUUUUCACAGCCAGUAAGGUGGAGCCUGUGAGGAUUUUCUUGUAUGAUGUUUAUUCCAAAACUAGAAUAACAUCUGGACCCCUGGCUUCUAUUAAACUCUGUGUUGUUGUGGUUGAUGGUGAAUUUACCCGCGAUGGUCGAGAAGAUUGGACCGAGGUUGAGUUCAGUAAUAACAUUGUGAAUGCAAGAGAAGGAAGAAGGCCAUUACUGGCUGGGGAUUUGGUGAUUCAGCUAAGGAAUGGAGUGGGGUACCUUGGAGACAUAAAUUUCACUGAUAAUUCUAGCUGGAUCAGGAGUAGGAAGUUCCGGUUAGGAGUGAGAGUGGUUAGUAAUUCCGGUUCUGUUGUCAGAGAAGGCUUAAGCAAAGCCUUCGCUGUGAAAGAUCAUCGCGGGGAGUUGUACAAGAAGCAUUACCCGCCAUUCUUGAAUGAUGAAGUAUGGCGGCUGGAGAAGAUAGCGAAAGACGGUGCAUAUCAUACGAGCCUUGCUGAGAUUGGAAUAUCUUCAGUGAAAGGCUUUCUAAGGAUGUAUGCUACCAGUCCUUCCAAAUUGCGCGAGAUACUUGGUUGUGGAUCAUCGAACAAGAGCUGGGACAAAAUCAUACAGCAUGCCACCACUUGUGUAGUGAACGAUAACGAGUGGUACAUGUACCGGGUUUCAGAAAGUGUUGCUCUUGUGUUCAAUUCCAUCUGGAGUGUUGUGGGAGCAAUCCUCGAUGGCCAAAAUUGCCUGCCUGUCGACAAACUUGACAGAUCUCAGAUGCAAAUGGUGGAACGGUUUAAGCAGCAGGCUUAUAGAAACCAGGACAAUAUCGUCCCACUCGAGGACCACUCCAUCAUUGACAACCAGUCUAUGGUGUUCUUCAAUCAUCAUCAAAUUGGCCUUUCUAACAGCCUUUCUUUAAGCCAAGAGGCUUUCGUUUUCCCAGCUGAGCAAGGUACUGAUCAGCUAGAGAUGCAAAUGAACUCAAUUCCCGGUAGUGAACUGCAACAUCUCGACCAAUACGGAGAUCCCAUGCCCGAGAGUUCUCAUAGAAUGCAAGUGUUCAACCCUAACCUUGGAAACAGUCUUGCACUUCAUAAUUUUACUUGUUUAGAAGAUGAUUUGGCUUCUGGGGGUUCACUGGACCCUCUAGAUAAUCUAAAUGCAGGUAAUAAUAGUGACCAUUAUCAGUUUGGUCCAUCAUCUUGGGCAGCAAAUGGUCUGCAUUUCAAUUCAAACCUCGAACCAGUUUAUCCCGACUUCUUCUUCCACAUGCCAAGUAGUACUGGAAAUCCAAAAGCGCGGUGGUGCAAGAUCCGCGCUGUGAUUAAGUGGAAGAUGGUGGCUGCUAAAAAGUGGGCUGCAUUGUUUGUGUAGAUUGUAAACUAGUCAGUGUAAGCAAAGCACCUAGCUAGCUUGUUCAUUACUUUCUGUAACUUAGUGCCACUAAAGAGUGUCUGUACCUCAGUGUUUUUAGUAUGUUUUGCCCUGACAUAGUUGUGCAUUUUGGGCACAAGUCCUUGCAAAAAAAAUGCUGGCUUUGUCUAGUGGCUAGGUACUAACAGUACAUUUGAUUUGCGGAAUAUGUCUAGAAUUCAAUGACAUUAUCAGGAAUAGGCCUAUUCCGUUGUUUGUUAAUGCAUUUUGUUCUCGGGAAUUAGCUAUUCCCCUUGCAAGUGGAAUAACUUAUUCACAAGAACUAAAAGCAUUACCAAACAACGAAAUAGGCAUGUUCCUAGGAAUGUCAUUCCAUUCUAGGCUUAUUCUGUAAAUUAAACAUGUUGUAAUAUUGUCUGUACUUUAGUGUUUUUAGUAUGUUUUGCCCUGACAUAGUUGUGCAUUUUGGGCACAAGUCCUUGCAAAAAGAUGCUGGCUUUGUCUAGUGGCUAGGUACUUGAUCUUCUAAGCAGUCUUCAUGUUUCCUAGAGUACUAUGUAAACUUCCAUUAUUUGUGACUUGUUGAUUCUCUUAUUGAUUUUCAUAUA